AAGACUAUCAGAUUUAAAAUGAUAUCCAAAAAAAAAACGCUAAACACACAAAACACAAAACACUAAUGGCUUUGAAACUCUGCUCAUCAUCCUCCUCACCUUCACUUUUCUUCCAAUCAUCAAGGAGAUCUUCUUAUUCUUCUCCUCUUAAUACAAUUAGAUCAAAACCCACUGCAAGAUCAUCUUCCUUUCCAGGAUUCCGCUGUGUCUCUCAGGCUCGUUUACCGUCAUUCAAAGUGAGUGUUGCCGCGGAGAGCCCUCCGUCGACGACGACAGAGGCGGAUGACUGGGGGAAGGUAUCCGCGGUGCUAUUCGAUAUGGACGGCGUGCUUUGCAACAGCGAGGAUCUCUCGAGAAGAGCAGCAGUGGAUGUCUUCACAGAGAUGGGAGUUGAAGUCACUGUUGAUGACUUCGUUCCUUUCAUGGGGACAGGUGAAGCUAAGUUCUUAGGAGGUGUUGCUUCUGUUAAAGGAGUUCAAGGGUUUGAUCCUGAUGCAGCUAAAAAACGCUUCUUUGAAAUAUAUCUUGAUAAGUAUGCGAAGCCAGAGUCUGGAAUUGGAUUUCCAGGAGCACUAGAGCUUGUUACUGAGUGUAAGAACAGAGGUCUAAAAGUCGCUGUUGCUUCUAGCGCCGACCGUGUCAAAGUUGAUGCAAACCUUGCAGCCGCUGGUUUGUCUUUGACCAUGUUUGAUGCAAUUGUAUCAGCAGACGCAUUUGAGAACUUGAAACCAGCUCCAGAUAUUUUCUUGGCUGCUUCCAAGAUCUUGGGUGUGCCCACAAGCGAGUGUAUUGUUAUUGAGGAUGCACUUGCUGGAGUCCAGGCUGCUCAAGCUGCAAACAUGAGAUGCAUAGCUGUGAAAACUACUUUAUCUGAAGCAAUUCUUAAGGAUGCUGGUCCGUCAAUGAUCAGAGACGAUAUCGGAAACAUAUCAAUCAAUGACAUUCUCACUGGUGGCUCUGAUUCUACCAGAAAACAACAUCAAGAGAACACUGCCAGCGACAAAACCAAUAACAACGGGUUUCAGGGUUCUCGUCGAGAUAUAUUGAGGUAUGGGAGUCUUGGAAUUGCUCUUUCUUGUGUUUACUUCGCCGCCAACAACUGGAAGGCAAUGCAAUAUGCUUCUCCACAAGCUUUGUGGAAUGCAUUGGUUGGAACAAAAAGCCCUUCUUUUACUCAGAACCAAGGUGAAGGGAGAGUUCAACAGUUCGUGGAGUACAUUGCCGAUCUAGAGAGCAAGCAAACAGCUACAACUGUUCCGGAAUUCCCAUCUAAACUAGAUUGGCUAAACACUGCCCCUCUCCAGUUUCGCCGGGAUUUGAAAGGGAAAGUGGUGGUACUUGAUUUUUGGACUUACUGCUGCAUAAACUGUAUGCAUGUAUUACCAGAUCUUGAGUUUCUUGAGAAGAAGUAUGCAGACAAGCCAUUUACUGUUGUGGGUGUACACUCGGCUAAGUUUGACAACGAGAAGGACUUAGAAGCCAUACGAAAUGCAGUUCUACGCUAUGACAUCAGCCAUCCGGUUGUGAACGAUGGAGACAUGUACAUGUGGAGAGAGCUUGGCAUCAAUUCGUGGCCGACAUUUGCUGUUGUCUCACCAAAUGGUAAAGUCAUUGCACAGAUUGCCGGAGAAAGUCACCGCAAAGAUCUUGAUGACUUGGUGGCAGCAGCUCUAAUAUACUAUGGUGGGAAGAAUGUUUUAGACAGUACUCCCCUUCCUACACGUUUGGAGAAAGAUAACGAUCCGCGCUUGGCCGCAUCUCCACUGAAAUUCCCAGGGAAGCUGGCCAUUGAUACUCUUAACAACAGGCUAUUUAUCUCAGACAGUAACCAUAACCGCAUUAUCGUAACUGAUCUUGACGGUAAUUUCAUCGUCCAAAUCGGUAGUACCGGAGAAGAAGGUUUCCGUGAUGGUUCCUUUGAAGAUGCUGCAUUCAAUCGUCCUCAGGGACUUGCUUAUAAUGCAAAGAAAAAUAUUCUUUAUGUUGCUGACACCGAGAAUCAUGCUUUGAGGGAGAUUGAUUUUGUCAACGAGAGGGUAGAGACUCUGGCUGGUAAUGGGACUAAAGGCUCAGAUUACCAAGGUGGAAGAAAAGGAACCUCACAGCUUUUGAAUUCUCCGUGGGAUGUAUGCUAUGAGCCGGUGAAAGAGAAGGUCUACGUUGCAAUGGCGGGUCAGCACCAGAUUUGGGAAUACAAUGUGCUUGAUGGUGUUACUAAAGUGUUCAGUGGAAAUGGCUAUGAAAGAAACCUUAACGGUUCUACCGCUCAAACGACAUCGUUUGCUCAGCCUUCAGGAAUCUCAUUAGGCCCUGAUUUGAAGGAAGCAUAUAUUGCGGAUAGCGAGAGCAGUUCUAUUCGUGCCCUUGAUCUUCAAACUGGAGGAUCAAGAUUGCUCGCUGGUGGUGAUCCUUAUUUCUCUGAGAAUCUUUUCAAGUUUGGAGAUAAUGACGGUGUGGGAGCAGAAGUGCUCCUGCAACAUCCACUUGGUGUGUUAUGCGCAAAGGAUGGUCAAAUAUAUCUAGCUGAUAGCUACAACCACAAGAUUAAGAAGCUGGACCCUGUGACAAAACGUGUUGUUACUAUCGCUGGGACAGGAAAAGCUGGUUUCAAAGAUGGGAAGGUUAUGGUUGCUCAGCUUUCAGAGCCUGCAGGACUUGCUCUAACUGAAAACGGGAGGCUUUUCAUUGCGGAUACAAACAAUAGUCUUAUACGUUGCAUAGAUUUGAACAACAGAGAAGAUGUAGAGAUUCGUACACUGGAGUUAAAAGGCGUUCAACCGCCAAUGCCGAAGGCGAAAUCAUUGAAACGUUUGAGGAAACGUGCUUCGGCUGAUACAAAGAUUGUCACAGUGGAUGCUGUUACAUCUCGCGAAGGAGAUUUGAAUCUUAAAAUCUCAUUACCAGAUGGCUACCAUUUCUCCAAGGAAGCGCGGAGUAAGUUUGUGGUUGAUGUGGAGCCUGAAGACGCAGUGACGGUCGAACCAUUGGAAGGAAUCCUUGGCCCUGAAGGUUCUACGGUGCUUCAUUACAGACAAUCUUCAACUUCUGCUUCUGUUGGGAAAAUCAGUUGCAAGUUGCAGGUGUACUAUUGCAAAGAAGACGAGGUUUGCUUGUACCAGUCUGUUCAGUUUGAGGUACCUUUCAAGAUGGAAUCAGAAUCAUCUUCUUCUCAGGUGAUCGCAUUCACCGUUAAACCUAGAGCAUCAGAUGCCGGCGGAUUACAGCUUCAAGCUACUAGCUAAAUCACUUUAAUGAUCAGGACCAUGAUAUGAUGAAAGUUAAAUAAUUGUUUUGGGUUUAUUGUUGACCAAUGCUGAAAUACAGAAGAACUUGUUUAAAUUAAAGAAUAGAUUUGCCAAAUAUUGUGUUAAAUUCCUAAACAAUGCUGUUUUUUUUUCUGAAAGAAUGUACACAAUUUGUAUUUCA